AUGGCGAGUAUCAAGAGGUCGGCGGAGUCCGAUCCCUUUGCUUCGAACAUAUCGAGCAAGGUCUACGUCAGAUCCACCAAGAGCGGCAAGGUCCAGAAAAUCGUCCGUGAGGUGUACCUGCGGCAAGACAUUCCCUGCUCAUCCAAACUUUGCGCCAGUUGCUUGAAAACGGCCCCGAGGGAUGCUUCCGGAAAUUUAUCACCCUUCGUUCUCUCGGAGAAGCCGGCUGGGACCAAAUCGUUCCCGCAAGGCCACUAUCUGGUCCCUGACACCAAUGCGUUCCUGAACGCCAUGGAUCUCUUCGAGCAGAGCUCCGCGUUCUACGACGUCAUCGUGCUACAGGUGGUGCUGGAGGAAGUGCGCAACCGCUCGCUUCCUCUCUAUAACCGCCUGAUCGGCCUGACCAAGAGCGACGACAAGCGCUUCUACGUCUUCUUCAACGAGUUCCGCCUAGAGACGUAUGUUAAGCGGGAACCUGGCGAGACUGUCAAUGACCGCAACGACCGCGCUGUCAGGAGUGCGACCAAGUGGUACGGAGAACACCUGGCGCGAACGAAGGCCAAGAAGCUUCCUGCAGUCGUGAUGCUCAGCAACGACCGGGAGAAUCUCAGGAAGGCCAAAGAGGAGGGUAUCUCAGCACAGUCACUAGCCCAGUAUGUGAGCAGUUUGGAGGAUGCGGACAGGCUCAUGGACAUGAUCCCUGAGGUGCAGGACCGCGAAAUCUCGCGAGAGAGAAAGCCAGGCGAGCAUCUCUACCCAGACUACUUCACCUUGUCUAAGAUGAUGACCGGAGUCAAGAGCGGGCUGCUUCAUCAGGGUAUCUUCAACGUUUCGCCCUAUAAUUACCUCGAGGGCUCAAUACGCGUUCCUGCGUUCCCCAAAGCCCUGCUUGUUCUCGGAAGAGAAAAUAUCAACCGCGCUGUAGACGGCGACGUGGUUGUUGUUGAGGUUUUGCCCAAGGACCAAUGGAAAGAGCCUUCAACACAGAUUAUCGAGGAGGAGGCGGUAACGAAGAAUGAGAAUGCUGACGAAGACGAGGGAGAGGAAGUCAUAUCCGAAAAGGAGAGGAAAGCUCUACAAGAGGAGGUGAAGAGAACCCAGAGCAAGGGCACUGAAGGCCAUGCACAGCCCACAGCAAGGGUUGUUGGCGUUAUAAAGAGGAAUUGGCGCCAGUAUGUUGGUCACAUAGAUCAGUCAACAACGAGCCAGACGUCCAAGCAAGGUCGAAAGCAGGAUACGGUGUUCUUAAUCCCGAUGGAUAAGAAGAUACCAAAAAUCCGGCUUCGCACGAGGCAGGUGGCUGAACUCCUAGGAAAGAGGCUGCUUGUAACGAUCGAUGCCUGGGAUCGCGAUUCGAGGCAUCCUGUGGGACACUUUGUCAGAUCCCUUGGUGAGAUGGAGAGCAAAGCUGCUGAAACGGAGGCGCUGCUACUCGAAUACGAUGUUCAGUAUCGGCCAUUUCCUAAGACCGUCCUGGACUGCUUGCCAAAGGAGGGGCAUGAUUGGCGUGUUCCGGAGAGCACUGAUGAUCCUGGCUGGAGAGACAGAGAAGAUCUUCGUGGACUUCUCAUCUGCAGUAUUGAUCCUGUUGGCUGCCAGGAUAUUGACGAUGCUCUCCACGCGCGGCCCUUGCCAAAUGGCAAUUUCGAGGUCGGUGUACACAUCGCUGACGUGUCAAAUUUCGUGAAGCCCAACAAUGCUAUGGAUACGGAAGCCAGCAUUCGAGGCACCACUGUCUACCUCGUCGAUAAGCGUAUUGACAUGCUUCCUAUGCUGCUAGGCACUGACCUCUGCUCACUGAAGCCAUAUGUGGAACGGUUUGCGUUCUCCGUGCUCUGGGAAGUCAACAGAGAUGCUGACAUUGUCAAUGUCCGGUUUACAAAAUCUGUUAUUAAGUCUCGAGAGGCCUUCAGUUAUGAGGAGGCACAGCUGAGGAUUGAUGACGCAUCACAAAAAGACGAUCUCACGAACGGUAUGCGCACGCUGCUCAUGCUUUCAAAGAAACUCAAGCAGAAGAGGAUGGACGCCGGUGCCCUGAGUUUAUCGUCUCCUGAAGUGAAGGUUCAGAUGGAGUCGGAGACAUCAGAUCCCAUUGAUGUCAAGACCAAACAGCUCCUCGACACCAACUCACUAGUCGAGGAAUUCAUGCUUCUAGCUAACAUCAGCGUGGCGGGCAAGAUCUAUGAUGCUUUCCCGCAGACGGCUCUCUUACGUCGUCAUGGAGCACCACCAAAGACCAAUUUCGACGAGUUAGCUAACCAGCUCAAGGUAAAGAAGGGUCUCGAGCUGCGUGUCGACUCCUCCAAGACACUUGCCGAUAGUCUCGACACUUGCGUCGACCCCAAGGAGCCGUUCUUCAAUACGCUUGUGCGCAUAAUGGCCACGCGCUGCAUGAUGGCCGCCGAGUACUUCUGCUCCGGGACACAGGCAUAUCCAGAGUUCCGUCACUACGGUCUCGCCUCGGAGAUUUACACGCAUUUCACCAGUCCCAUUCGGCGAUACGCUGACCUCGUCGCGCACAGACAGCUCGCCGCCGCCAUCGGGUACGAGGCCAUCGCUCCGUCGCAGAGGAGCCGCGGCAAGCUUGAGGCCGUGUGCCGAAAUAUCAACGUACGCCACCGCAAUGCGCAGCUGGCCGGCCGCGCCAGUAUCGCCUACUACGUCGGCCAGGCCGUUCGUGGCAAGGUCACCGAGGAGGACGGUUUCAUCAUGAAGAUCUUCAGCAACGGCUUCGUCGUGCUUGUGCCGCGCUUCGGCAUCGAGAGCCUUAUUCGACUGCGUGAUCUUGCGGAGCCGGAGCCCCAGGCCGCGUUUGACCCGGAGAUGUACACGCUGACGACGAGCGGUAGUAGAGAGCUAUCUGUAGAACUUUUCCAGAAGGUGCGGGUUAGGAUCAGCGAUCAAAAGGAUGAGUCCACGGGGAAGAGAGGCGUCAAGAUGGAGCUGGUGAAUCCUUGA